AUGGUCCACCAGUACUGGCUGUUAACGCUCCCCCUCCUGGUGCUGGAUGCUGCACAAGGCGUCGUUGCAACUCAUGGAAAGCACGCAAGGAAAUCCAGCGGAUCGCCUCCUGGACUGCAUGUUCUGCCUCUGAUUGCGGAUAACUCCGAUGACUACCACUCAUGGAUUGCUGAAGUCGCGGCUGGCACUCCCCCUCAGAAAAUGAGGCUGAAUCUAGACAUAGCCAAAUCGACAACAUGGUUCAUCUCUGACAAGACCUACGCGGAAUGUGAUGGCUGCAAGAAUGGAUAUUAUCAGCUCAACAGGUCCAAGACCUCAUCCCCGGUUUUAGGCCAUACAGCAAUUUCUUAUGGCGAUCCAACGACUUACCCGCCAAGCAACCUCACCUUUGAUCUAGACUUCCACAAGGACACGGUUCAAAUUGCCGGCGUUAGCAUCCCCAAACAAAUCUUUGGUCUUUUCAACCCGUACAAGGAUGAGUUUUCUGGAAUUGGUGGGCUUGCGCUUGGGCCCAAUGUCGAACAUGGUUAUGCACCGGGCAAGAUCUACAGCUCCUUCUUGGAUAACCUCGUUACAAACAAAAAGAUUGCCAGCCGCACUUACAGUAUUGACCUUCACGAGCACGGAUCAAAGCCAGCCUCAAUUAUUCUUGGGGGCAUUGACACGGGUAAAUUCAAGGGCAAGCUUGUAAAGAGACCGUUGGUUAAGGAUGAACUUGGCACUUUUGGACCUUCCAUCGUUCUCACAGGCCUCAGCCAGACUGUUCCCAAUGGAAAGAACAAGGCAGGCAAAGUGACCAGCUACCCAGUCCACAAGAACGACUCCGUCUUCCUUCUCGACAGCUCCAACCAGUACCUCCGAUUCCGCCACUCCUUCGUCGAUCCUCUCUACAAGACCCUCGGCGCAGUCAACAACGGACAAGACGCAUACUUUGUGCCUUGCGAGAAGCGCAACAUGCCCGGUAGCUGGGACUUUCAAUUCGGCGACGUCACGAUCAAGAUCCCGUAUAGCAAGAUUAUCACUGACCAGUCGGGUGAUAAGGGUAAGACUUGCUGGGUCGGUGUUUUGACUACUUGGAAAGGACAGCUAGUCUUGGGACAACCUUUCUUGGAAGCUGCCUAUCUUGCCUUCGAUCUUGACAACAAGCAGGUUGCACUGGCUCCACCAGCUAACUGUGGUGAAAAGCUAGUUGCAUUCGGCUCCGGACCUAAUGCUAUUCCAAAUCUGAAAGGUUGUUAA